CAGAAGUCGCUCAGGCGGUUGCUUGGAAGCAGCUGGUUCAAGUUGCAGGGACGUCCACAUAAGCGACUCAGGAUAUUCUUCAGGGACAGCUGAAAGACAAUUUAAGUUUCUGGAUCGGUACAGCAACACGGCAGUAAAAACAGAAGCGUUCCAGAUGAGAGGAAAAUCCGCUUCCAGUCGGCUUUUAAAACACUCACUGCGGAAACUAAUUGCCAUUGAUUGGUACUCAAUUGUAAAGGAUAUUCUUCAGGUACAGCUGAAAGACAAUUUAAGUUUCUGGCCUCGGUACAGCAACACGGCAGUAAAAACGACAGCGUCCUGGAUGAGAGGAAAAUCCGCUUCCAGUCGGCUUUUAAAACACUCGCUGCGGAACCUAAUUGACAUUGAUUGGUACUCAAUUGUAAAGAUCCACAGUCCCGCAGAGCUGACUCAGAACCCCUGCAGGAAACCUCAUCCAGCCAGAUUGGACCAGAACCGGCUCCGAAGUGAGCCUCGUCUGGUGCUGAUAGAGCCGAUCCGCAGCCCAGCUGUUUACACACAACUCCUGCAUCCCUCAUAUCCCACCUAUCACUACAAACUGCCCCCCACUGUCCCUCAUGAAGAAUCUCCACUCUCCCAGCACAGGGGCUGCCUCCAUUCACCAGCCUCAGAUCAUCACCGCCUUCAAAGAGAAGAAAGUGAUUCAAGUUCACUGAUGUCACCAGAUAUUGGUAUCAGGUAUCAUUCAUAUUCUGGAUCAGGUGUCACUCUAUAUUGGUAUCAGGUAUUAUUCAUAUUUUGGAUCAGGUGUCACUCGAUAUUGGUAUCAGGUAUCAUUCAUAUUCUGGAUCAGGUGUCACUCGAUAUUGGUAUCAGGUAUCAUUCAUAUUCUGGAUCAGGUGUCACUCUAUAUUGGUAUCAGGUAUUAUUCAUAUUUUGGAUCAGGUGUCACUCGAUACUGGUAUCAGGUAUCAUUCAUAUUCUGGAUCAGGUGUCACAUUUGGUGCCAGUGAUCAAACAGUUUCAAUUUAAACUACGAUUUUUGACCAUUAAUAUCUUCACAAUAGUAGGGGGUAAACAUUGUGACAAUGUCUCUUUAAACGGUCUUUCAAUAUGAUUAUUAUGUUAACGAUAAGAGAGGGGUCAAAACGUAGACAUGUCCCCUGGGUACAAUGCGAAUUAUAAAUAAUGUCGUUUUUCAGCAAAAGAAACACGUGCACAGCGUGGGGGAAAAAAGUGCUUGUUAGCACAUCAUGUUUAGUUGCAGUUACACUCUGCGUCCUGCAUAAAAGCGCGGCGCUAAUGAUCUCAUAUAAGAACCUUGCUAUCCUGCUGCAGAGAUCAAAGCUUUUCGUGCCUUCGACGGUUGAAACAUACCAACGAUCUUCCAGGACUGAGGCUUUCACAAUUUCCGUGAAAUGCAGAUUUCACAAUUUCCGUGAAAUGUACCCAUUUCUGUGUAAUAUGUAGUUCCCAGUGAAAAAUCCCAUUUCUGAAAUAACAGUGUAAAUGGGCUGCACAUAUUUUUAUUAAAAUAAAUACAGCAAACGUUUCCCUUAGUUAUUGACGCACUACCUGUUACACCAAAGCUCUUAACCUGGCAGCUGGUUUAGUUUGCUUCAACCAAAAAGACACUGCGUCACAGAUCGGAACUAUUUAAUAUCGCUCUGUCCAGGUCAGGACAAAAGGGGAUCUUUCACGUGUCUGUUGUUAUUUUUACAUUUAUUUAUAUUUUAUUUAUUUAUUUAUUUAUUUAU